UGUGCAGUAGGUCACUUUUACAGUAUAUCUCUGAUCUGAUGCUGCAUUAUGAAUAAUUAUGUGUUCAUCAGAGUCAAGACUAAUCAAACUCCACGCAGAGAGAAUCUCAGUUAAACCACACUGUGUAGGUAUAAGCAGCUUAUUAUACAUCUGACCACGUCAUUACUCUGGAGCAUAGAACGUUGAUCAUAUGAAGGGACGGGUAUGCAGCGCAGUUGCAGUGGAACAGCUAAGUGAAGUACACUUUCAAUCCAAAAAGGUUCAUACUGUCUUCUUGGUCACGUGAUGUUACACGUGACGUGUCUUCCCUCCUGUUUUAAAGUCAUCAGCUCUGAAAGCAACAAACACCACCGCUGGAUCCGGGAGGCCAUAGAGAUCUGGGAAGGGCCCUGAGGACCACCAACCUGGGAUGAGGGAUGUUACAUCCUUUCACAUGUCACCUGGGAUGCUGUCCCCAACAGGACAAUGUCACAUGUAACAUCACGUGACCUGAUCUGAGGAAAACCACAGCAAGUGGUCAAAACAUGUCAAGAUUUCUGGAAUACCACCACUUCAAGGAAAACUUGGCACAAUCGUUUUUUCUUGAAGCAGAAAUGGCAGACAGCAGCAGUCCCCCGUUGUCAUCCUACAUCAUGGAUGAGGAAACGCUGAAGAGAAAACAAAAGGAGAAGCUAAAGAAGUUGAUGGCGACGGGGGGCAACCCAAGACCUGCUCGCUCUCUCCUUUUCUUGUCACUGAAAAAUCCUUUCCGCAAGGCGUGCAUCAGUAUUGUGGAGUGGAAACCUUUUGAGAUCAUCAUCCUACUGGCCAUCUUUGCCAACUGUGUGGCUCUGGCUGUGUACUUGCCCAUGCCUGAGGAAGACAGCAACAACACCAACAGCAACCUGGAAAGCCUGGAGUACAUCUUCCUCAUCAUCUUCUCUAUCGAGUGUUUCCUGAAGAUUGUUGCCUAUGGAUUUCUAUUCCACGCUGACGCAUAUUUAAGAAACUGCUGGAACAUUUUGGACUUCGUUUGUGUAUCUGUUGGGCUUUUCACUGUGGCUGUGGAUGCCAUUAACCACCUCAGUGGAGUGGAGGCUCCAGUAGGUGAAAAGGGUGGUGGCUUUGACAUGAAAGCUUUGCGUGCAUUCAGAGUACUUCGACCUCUGAGACUGGUCUCUGGAGUCCCCAGUUUGCAAGUGGUGAUGAACUCCAUUCUGAAGUCCCUGCUGCCACUCUUUCACAUCACUUUGCUGGUCCUUUUCAUGGUCACCAUUUACUCUAUAAUGGGUCUGGAGCUCUUCAAGUGCAAAAUGCACAAGACCUGCUACUACAAAGGCACAAACAUAAUUGCAACAGUGGAGAAUGAAAAGCCUGCUCCAUGUGCUCAAGCGGGAAACGGUCGCCGUUGUGGCAUAAAUGGCACAGAGUGUCGUGCUGGUUGGCCAGGCCCAAACAAUGGAAUCACCCACUUUGACAACCUAGGCUUUGCUAUGUUGACUGUCUACCAGUGUAUCACCACACAAGGGUGGACUGAUGUCCUGUACUGGGUAAAUGAUGCUAUAGGAAUGGAAUGGCCAUGGAUUUUUUUCACCACCCUCAUCCUGGUUGGCUCCUUCUUUGUGCUCAACCUGGUUCUGGGUGUGCUCAGUGGUGAAUUCACAAAAGAGCGAGAGAAGGCCAAGUCACGUGGAGAGUUUCAAAAGCUAAGAGAAACACAGCAGCUAGAUGAGGAUCUCAAAGGUUAUAUGGAGUGGAUUACUCAUGCUGAGGUCAUUGACAAUGACCAGGAGGGACAGGGUCUGCUCCACACGGAGAAUGGAGGAUUGGAGACGGGAAGUGUAGGAAAAAUGGAUACAAUGCAGCUGAUCAUCUAUUACUAUAAGUUGGCCCGUAAGUGGAAUCGAUGGUUAAGGCGUAAAUGCAGAGUGUAUGUGAAGUCCAGACUGUUCUACUGGUGGGUGAUCAUGCUCGUCUUUCUCAAUACAUUGGCCAUCGCAACAGAACACCACAAGCAGUCUCAGAAAAUCACAAACUGGCAAGACAAUGCCAAUAAGCUACUGCUGUCUAUGUUUGCCAUUGAGAUGUUCAUGAAGAUGUAUGCUCUUGGCUUGCCCUCAUACUUCAUGUCCCUCUUCAACCGCUUUGACUGCUUUGUGGUGUCUACUGGUAUUAUGGAGCUCAUUCUUGUCCACAUGGGCGUCAUGUCAGUCAUGGGUAUCUCUGUGCUCCGCUGCAUACGUCUCCUCCGUCUGCUUAAAGUCAGUAGAUACUGGACGUCUCUCAGUAAUCUGGUGGCUUCCCUCUUGAACUCGGUCCGUUCCAUUGCCUGUUUGCUGCUGCUCCUCUUCCUUUUCAUUGUCAUCUUCUCCCUGCUGGGUAUGCAGGUAUUUGGAGGGAAGUUCAACUUUCCCAAUCAAACCAAACCGCGCAGCACCUUUGACAGCUUUCCUCAGGCCCUCAUUACAGUGUUCCAGAUCCUGACAGGUGAAGACUGGAAUGCCGUCAUGUAUGAUGGUAUUAUGGCUCAUGGUGGACCUAGCAUGCCCGGAAUACUAGUCAGUAUCUACUUCAUCAUCCUCUUCGUCUGUGGAAAUUUCAUCCUCCUAAAUGUCUUCCUGGCCAUUGCUGUUGAUAAUUUGGCAGAGGCGGAGUCUUUGACUUUAGCACAGAAGGAGAAAGCAGAGGAAAAGAAUCGCAAGAAAGCACUCAGGGCAAGCAUACCUGAUAAAGUAUCAGAAGAGAAAGCAAACCUGGCGAAGAAGUUGGCUGAGCAAAGGGCUAAAGGCAUCGAGUGCAUGCCUACCACUGCCAAGCUCAAGAUCGAUGAGUUUGAGUCAAACGUCAAUGAGAUUAAGGACCCUUUCCCUCCAGCAGACUUUCCAGGUGAUGAUGAGGAAGAGGACCCUGAUAUACCAGAAAGCCCCAGACCUCGUCCAAUGGCAGAUCUGCAGUUGAAGGAGGAAGCCGUGCCGAUGCCAGAAGCCAGUUCUUUUUUUAUCUUUGGACCUCAGAACAAGUUCCGGAAGCUCUGCCAUCGUAUUAUUAAUGCAACCACCUUCACCAACAUCAUCCUCCUCUUCAUCCUGCUGUCAUCGGUUUCUUUAGCGGCUGAGGAUCCCAUUGACCCUAUGUCUUUCAGGAACCAGGUGUUGGCCUAUGCUGAUAUAGUCUUCACUUCGGUGUUCACAGCAGAAAUUGUGCUCAAGAUGACAACAUACGGGGCCAUUCUUCACAAAGGGUCCUUCUGCAGGAACUCCUUUAACAUCUUGGAUCUUCUGGUGGUCAGUGUGUCUCUCCUCUCAAUGGGCAUGGAAUCCAGUGCCAUCUCAGUGGUGAAAAUUCUCAGAGUGUUGAGGGUGCUUCGACCCUUGAGGGCUAUAAACAGAGCCAAGGGACUGAAGCAUGUAGUUCAGUGUGUGUUUGUGGCUGUGAAGACCAUCGGAAACAUUGUACUGGUCACCAUGCUUCUAGACUUCAUGUUUGCCUGCAUUGGAGUCCAACUUUUCAAAGGCAAGUUCUAUGCCUGUACGGAUCCUGACAAAAUGACUGAGGAAAUAUGCAAAGGUUCCUACAUACGGUACCAGGAAGAAGCACUUCAUGAAAUGGUGGUCCGUGACAGGAAAUGGACCAACUCUGAACUAAACUUUGAUAACAUCUUCAAUGGCAUGCUGACUCUCUUCACCAUUUCUACCUUUGAAGGAUGGCCAAAGAUACUCUAUAAAGCUAUUGAUUCAAACUUAGAGGACAAAGGCCCAGUAUACAACAACCGAGUGGCCAUCUCCAUCUUCUUUAUCGUCUACCUCAUCCUCAUCGCCUUCUUCAUGAUGAACAUAUUUGUGGGCUUCGUCAUCGUUACCUUCCAGGAGCAAGGAGAGCAAGAAUAUAAGAACUGUGAGCUGGACAAAAACCAGCGCCAGUGUGUGCAGUAUGCACUUAAAGCUCGACCACUGCGAUGUUAUAUUCCCAAGAACCCCUACCAGUAUCAAGUUUGGUACAUCGUCACUUCCUGCUACUUUGAGUACCUUAUGUUCCUGCUUAUUAUGCUGAACACCAUGUGUCUGGGAAUGCAGCACUGCAACCAGUCAGCCCAUGUUACUCACCUGUCUGACAUGCUGAACAUGAUCUUCACUGUGCUCUUCACUGUGGAGAUGAUCCUCAAACUCAUGGCUUUCAAAGCCAAGGGUUACUUUGGAGAUCCCUGGAAUGUUUUUGACUUUGUCAUCGUCAUUGGAAGUGUUGUGGAUGUGAUGCUGAGUGAAAUUGAUGCAGCACUGGCCUCCUCUGGAGGACUUUACUGUCUCCAUGGCUGUGCUGCAGUGGAUCCCAUGCAAGCAAUUGCUUCUUCUGAGAACAUGAGUGUGUCAAUCACAUUCUUCAGACUGUUUCGCGUAAUGCGUCUGGUGAAACUGUUGAAUCGCUCCGAGGGAAUAAGGAACCUUCUGUGGACCUUCAUCAAAUCCCUUCAGGCUCUUCCUUAUGUAGCACUGCUCAUCCUUAUGCUGUUCUUCAUAUACGCUGUGGUUGGAAUGCAGAUAUUUGGUAAAAUUGCAUUGGUUGAUGGAACAUACAUCAACAGGAACAACAACUUUCAGACAUUCCCACAGGCUGUGCUCCUUUUAUUCAGAUGUGCCACAGGGGAGGCCUGGCAUGAAGUCAUGUUAGGGUGCAUGUAUGGGAAGAGGUGUGACCCCAAGUCCGAUUACCUGCCUGGGGAAGAAUACACGUGCGGAUCCAACUUUGCCAUCAUCUACUUCAUGAGUUUCUACAUGCUCUGUGCCUUUUUGAUCAUUAACCUGUUUGUGGCUGUCAUCAUGGAUAACUUUGACUACUUGACACGGGAUUGGUCCAUUCUUGGUCCUCAGCACUUGGAUGAGUUUAAGAAAAUCUGGGCUGAAUAUGACCCUGAAGCUACAGGUCGUAUUAAGCACCUUGAUGUGGUGACACUUCUACGGAGAAUACCUCCACCUUUAGGAUUUGGCAAGUUUUGUCCACAUCGCAUUGCCUGCAAGAGGUUGGUCUCCAUGAACAUGCCCCUCAACAGUGAUGGAACUGUAACCUUCAAUGCCACACUAUUUGCCCUGGUUAGAACUGCACUGAAAAUAAAGACAGAAGGUAACUUUGAAAAAGCCAACGAGGAGCUGAGGGCAAUAAUAAAGAAAAUCUGGAAGCGCACUAGUAUGAAACUACUGGAUCAAGUCAUCCCUCCUAUUGGAGAUGAUGAGGUGACAGUGGGAAAGUUCUAUGCCACUUUCUUAAUCCAGGAUUAUUUUAGGAAAUUGAAAAAGAGACAGGAAGAGUACUAUGGCUACAGGCCCACCAAGAAAAGUGCUACCCAUGAAAUACAGGCAGGACUGAGGAAUAUUGAGGAAGAGGCAGCUCCAGAACUCCAUAGGACCAUUUCUGGAGACCUAAUAACUGAAGAAGACAUGGACCGAGCAAUUGAUGAAACUGCUGAGGAGACACCCUUCAGGAAUAAAACUAUGCUCUUUGAUUGUGGCAACAUGGAGACUGGAAGACCUUCUCAACGGACGUGGAGGACUUUGAUGAAAGACGGUGAUCCUUGAAACACCAUUUUUACCAAGUGGCAAAGGAGGAUUAGGUUUAAGACCAGGAUUCAAAACUCCAAUGAAAACACUGAAUACAAAAACAUAAAGCAAUGCAAAGUAGAACAACAUUAGCAUUCAGUUGGACUUCUGUUUUUGUCUGUGAAAGGUAUUGUUCUGUGUGAUAUUAAAAUAGACAAACAGA